AUGCCUCCUUCAACGACUUUGUUGCGCGCCGCGCGCCGCAGAUUGACAGCGGCAAGGAAAUUCCCCGUCCACGACUUCCUCGCGCCCGCGCUUUUCUAUCCGAUCGUCUCGCCCCGGCGCCUGGUCUCAAGCACACCCGCGAGACGCGCCGAACUUGCCGACAUCAUACCAGGACAGGGACAACAGGGUGAUGGCUCGAACAGCGACAGCCCCAACAAGGGGAGACGCAAGGCGCUCUCCAAGGAGCAGCGCGACUUCCUCUCGUCGGCGCUGCGAGUCAACCAGGCAGGCGAGCUGGCGGCGACGCUCAUCUACACAGCGCAGACGCCCCCCGUUGUGCGGCGGAAGCCCAACCUACGGCCCCUGAUGCGGCACAUGUACCAGCAGGAGGAGGGCCACCUGACGACGUUCAACGCGCUGUUGGCGCGCCACCGGGUGCGGCCCACAGCCAUGUACCCGGCUUGGUCGGCGAUGAGCUACGGACUAGGGUGGGUGACGGCCCUGAUGAGCAACGAGGCCGCCAUGGCGUGCACGGAGGCUGUCGAGACCGAGAUUGGCGACCACUACAACGGGCAGGUGCGCGAGCUGCUCGCCAUGGUGCGCGGCUGGGAGGAGGAGGGCUACGAGGUUGGGCCCGAGAUCCGAGACCUUAUCUCGACGCUGCGCCGCAUCCGGGACGAGGAGCUUGAACACCUAGACCACGCCGUCGAGCACGACGCCCAGAAGGCCGAGCCACACUGGCUUCUCACCGGGGCCAUCCGGCUGGGGUGUCGUGGUGCGAUUUGGGUGCUCCUCGCUCUUUGUUACUGGGUUUCGCUGAAUUGGCGAGAGGAUGGGAUGCCACAGCCAUCGUAG